AUGUCUUCUUUAAACAAUUCUUUGGUAACUUCUACUGUGGGACAAUCAGUAACAAAUGCUAAUAGUGUUAAUAACAUUACCACGGAAAGUAAAAAUAUCACUGCAACCAAAAGUCCAAUAAUUCAUACAAUUGAAGUCAGCAAAUCUAGUAAUAAUGAAGGUCAAAAAAUUGCUGCUGGAAUACAUUUUAACUCUGAUCAUUAUCCUAAAAAUGCUAAUAUAUCAAAAACAACAGAAUAUAAGGAUAAUUCAACCAGUUUACUAUUAAAAACAGAUUAUGAAAAAGGUGAUAAAGUACAAAGUACUAAUCAUUCAAUUAUUUCUAAUACUAAUAAUCAUGCUUCAAAUUCUUCUAGUAAUAGUUAUUAUAAAUCAACAACUUCUAAAAACUCAGAUUUUAAUUUAGUUGGGAUAAUUGCUGCAUCAGUAUUUGGCGUUAUAUUAAUAGCAGCAAUGGCAGGUACAAUUUUUUUUUUGGUUAAAAGAAAAGGAACUUCAACGGUUGAAGUUGUAUAUAGACAAGAAAGAAGUAAUUAUUUAUCACUUAACAAUGAUAAUGAUAAGAGUUCAAUAAAUAAAAAUAGAAGAAAUAGAAGUAUAAAAUGUUCUGAUAAAAAUAAAAAGAAAAAUGUUGAUAAGAAUAAUAACAGCGAAAACAAAAAAAAUAACUCGACAAAAAAAAAAGGUGAUGUUAAUUUGCUUGAUAAAACUUCAUCAUCGUUAAGUUCAAUGAAUACUUCGGCCCGUUGA